AUGGAUUCAGAGCGUGGUACCACAGCGACAGCCGACACCAUGGUCCCCGGAAGUCAGUGCCAGGACUCUGGUACCACAGCGACAGCCGACACCAUGGUCCCCGGAAGUCAGUGCCAGGACUCUGGUACCACAGCGACAGCCGACACCAUGGUCCCCGGAAGUCAGUGCCAGGACUCUGGUACCACAGCUGAGGAGGAAGAGGAGGGAUCCGGAAACCAUACGCACCCAGACCCAGUCCCGGUGUGGGCCCCCAGUGGGAGACGGCUGCUCUCUGGGCUCCUGGGCCUCAACGUUGUCCUCCUUGGGGCAGCUCUGGUAGCUGGCCAGGCCUUCAACCCUCAGGGCCUCAGGCACCAGGAGCCCCAGGUCUUCAUGUUGCUGCUGAUGGGCCUCAGCCUGGCCUGGAUGCUGUGGUACCUACUCUGGGCCAGGAAGAAACCUGGGAUAUGCCCACAUAAAGACCACCAUGCUGGGGGAAUCACCGUCACAGUGGUCCUGAUGCUGUUUGCCGCCUUCAGUCUCCUGAUGCAUCUCUUCAAGAUGGGUUACUAUGUCAUGAUGAAGGAGUGUAAGCCGGUUGCUAAAGUCCUUGCCCCCUUCAUCGAGGCUCCCUUUCUUGGCCUACAGACCUAUUUGCUCUGGGCUCACUCCAAAGACUGUAUUCACAAGCACAAGAUCAUUACCAGGUCUGGGCUGAUGGUUACUCUGAGCGCAGAUCUGUUGCUGUGGCUGAACGCGGUGACAGAAGACACCGUUCAUCUGGAGAUAGAGAUGGAGAAGGAGGACGGCCGCGCCACAUAUCGCAGCGCAGAUAGCUCUGACUCAGCAGGGCUGAGAAAUGCAACGUUAUGCAAGUGCAGUGCAGACACAGUGUGCCUGUUCUUCAGGAAGGGUUAUGAAGUCCUGUAUCCCUUCAACAUGGAGUACUACUUGAUGGCAGGCUGCAUGCUUUAUGUGAUGUGGAAGAAUGUGGGCAGGCGUAUGAGCCCUGGGUCAAUACCCCACCAUGCCCAGAAGAUUACCCUACGCAUCGUCCACGAAGGUGGGAUCCUAUUCGGGCCGUUGUUCGGGGGUCUGGUCCUUAUAGCUGGGGUGGUUGUGUUCAUCCUGUAUCAAGUUUGGGUGAACCGAGGCCAGCACCGACACACUGCGUUUCUGAUAUUCUACGGCUACCAUCUAGCUGUGAUGCCCAUCAUGUCCCUCUGCUCCCUGGCUGGCCUGUUGGUCCAUAAGCUGGAGAGGAGGGCAGAUGAGAGGGGAAAUAACCCCACGCGUAGCCUGGAUGUGGCCCUCCUGGUUGGGGCAGCCCUGGGCCAGCUUGCCCUGUCCUAUUUCUCGCUGGUGGCUGCUCUGGCUGUGGGGCCUAGCGGACCACUGGGAAGCCUGGACCUUUCCUACUCCCUCCUCAGCCUGUUGGAGCUCCUGCUGCAGAAUGUCUUCAUCAUCAAUGGCCUCCACCGACACCCCAACCUGGCCCUCACCAAGGGGGAAGGAAAGGAGCGGAGCAGCAUACUCAUGAAGAGGAAGAACAUGGAGAAUACAAAUGACAGGAAUAAAGUAGAAGGAGCGAUGUCUCUAUUGGAGAGGGGAAAGGCAGUGACAGCACCACCUGGUGGCCAAGUCAAGGAAGGACAACAGACCUGGUACAAAAGAGUCACACAGGAGAUCUGUGCCUUCCUCAUUCUCUCCAAUAUCAUGCUGUGGAUGAUCCCAGCGUUUGGAGCCCACCCCCAGUUUGAGAACGGCCUGGGGAAGCAGUUCUUUGGCUUCUCUGCCUGGUUUGUCCUUGUCAACCUGGUUCAGCCUCUGGGAGUCUUCUACAGGAUGCACUCUGUGGGGGCCCUGAUGGAGCUCCUCAUCACUGGCUGA